AUGGCCGGUCCCAAAUACCAGAACGUCCCCCAGCGUGACUCUUUCGAGGAGUCGUCGCACUCCCAGGCGCCACCGACCUACCAGGCAGCAGACCCCCAGCAAGCACUGCUUCGAGGUGUCCCGCGCGGCGAAGAUGACAAUCUGCCGGAUGACUUCAAGUUUGGCGGCGUGGUAGCUGAGGCGACCCUGGACAUUCGUAUGGCCUUCAUCAGGAAGGUGUACGCUAUUCUGACUGUCCAGCUUCUUGCCACGGCCGGCGUUAGCGCCCUCUCCAUGACCUCCAAAUCAUACCGAAACUGGAUUCAGACAAACCAGUGGAUGAUGUGGGUGUCGCUCCUCGGUACCUUUGUCUUCCUCGGCCUCACCUUCUGGAAGCGCAAGUCGUACCCCAUGAACCUCGCCUUCCUCGCCGGCUUCACCGCUAUGGAAGCGUACUCCAUCUCUGUCAUCGUCUCCUUCUACCAAUCUAGGAUCGUCCUCAGCGCGCUGGUCUUCACAUUAGGCAUCUUCAUAGCUCUGAGCCUGUUCGCCUGCCAGAGCAAGUACGACUUCACACACUGGGCUCCCUACCUCUUCGGUGCUAUCUGGAUUGUGAUCUUGUUCGGCUUCAUGGCUGCUUUCUUCCCGUACAACAGCAAGGUAGAGCUUGGUUACGGCAUUGUUACGGCUUUGAUCUUCUCCGGAUAUAUCUUGGUCGAUACACAGCUGAUCAUGCGCCACUACCACGUUGAGGAGGAGAUUGCUGCGGCCAUCUCGCUCUACCUUGACAUCAUCAACUUGUUUCUUGCUAUCCUGAGGAUCCUGAACUCGCAACAGCAGAACUAA